AUCAAAAAGUUCGUUAUUUUUGUAGAAGACAGAAGACGCAUCGCAAGGUUCAUGUUGUGGCUGAAUACUGUCCUCCUCGUAUAAAGCUGCUGUUUUCAAAUAAGGAACUUCGAUUAGUUCGACUUUUGUUCUUGGCUGUAUCUGUUCUUUGGGUUGCAGGAAAAAUACUAUAGGUUGGAGAGUUGAAUCUUUCAGUUUAUAUCAAGGAUCCUCCGAAGGUGCAGAAGUUGCGAAGAGAAGAAAAAAAAGGGUUUUUUGAACCGAGAAGAGUUUCCGUUUGUGGUGGCAAAGGUAAAGUUCAAUUUUUAUUAAUUUUUUUCGCCCUUUGCCCUUUCCUCCCUUUUUUAUUCUUGAUGGAUGGCAACAUGUCAGGGACAAACGGUCGAAAGAGUAAGUGGGACCAGAUGCCAAUGGAGUACGUGGCGCCCCAGUCAGACGCAGCGAAACCGAAGGAAGGAGAGAAUGCUGCCGAAUUAGAGAAGAGUCGAGCAGAGGGAGGCCAGUCAGAGAAGCCCCAGAAGACGUCAGUGCCCGACCUCAACUCCAUAUCAGAGAAAGCGCUUGCUUUUAUUUCCAGUAAGAUGGGCACAGCACCGCCCGUGGCCAAGGAGUCUAAGAGUUCUGCUGAAAAAAAGUCUAUUCCCCCACAGGUCGAGUCAAUGAGCUACGAAUUUUCGGAUAUACUGUACAUCAAUUCUUGCAGACCGGAGGUUCGGUAUUUGUUGACGCAGCAAUCGACUUUCGACCAAGUUAAGAAAGAAACUGGGGCAGUCAUUUCGUCGAGAGGUCGUGUCAUCAAGGUGAACACAGAUACGGUGAAUGCGUCGAACUAUGAGAGUCCGGAGGACAUGCCAUUACAUUUGUUCAUUCAGGCCGACACCAAAGAGAAGGUGGAUAAAGCGCGCGAGUUUGUGCGCUAUUUGAUCGACAAGCCGUCUACGACGCCAUCUGGACUGUUGAUGAGUAAGAUAUUUAUUGAUUAUGCUCCAACGGUGGAUCCUGCGUUUACAUUGAACGCUAAGUUGAUAGGCCCUAAGGGGUCUUAUGUCAAGCACAUUCAGACUGUAACUGGGUGCAAGGUUCGUCUUCGAGGUAGAGAUAGUAAUUAUAUUGAGGGAAAUUCCAGACUUGAGAGCUCUGAUAUGCUUCAUUUGUUUAUAACGGGUCCUACGGAGGAAAAAGUUCUACAAGCAAAAGCACUUGCAGAAAACCUUGUCAACAAUGUCAAGGCAAAAUACAACGCUUGGUUGGAAGAAAGGAAAUCCAAUCAAGGUAUAAAAGGCAGUUUUCAACCGUCGACCAAUUCUCCUCACCACCAUGAAGGUAACGUCCAGACUAACCCUUCGUUGACCGGUAACGAUAAACAUCCACCACCACCGCCUCCUGAAUCUGAAAAACAACAUCCGCCACCACCACCUCCUCACUCUGAAAAACCACCUCCUCAUUCCCUCGGCUCAUCUUCUCCUGUUGCUUCUUACGUUCCCUUCCCACAGCCGCCCGCACCUAGCACAUCAUCUCAACCAGGCCCCCCCCGUCAUCCCUACCCCUACGCCGCCCCAUAUGAAGCAUCGUCUCUUAGCAAGGAGGACUCUCCGUCUCUAUCCGAAAAUUCUCCAAAAGAUCACUCCAACGACUCCAAAUUCUCCUCCCACCCUAGCCCCUAUUACUACGGCAUGCACACUAGGCACCCGCAACAACUUCCCGCUAACCUCCAAAAUCCCUACAUUCCAUCUAUGUACCCCUAUCCUCCUCACUACGCGCCAUACAUGUAUCUCCCUGCCUACUACAGCUACAUGGGCUGCCCCGUUGCCGUCACUCCGCAAGUCACCACUUCUCCUCCGCAGCUCUCCCCCACCGACCCUAAAAACACAAAAAGCACGCCGUAUCCAUCCAACACCGCACUCAUCUAUGACGGCAAUACCUCAGGACAACUUCAAGGACCUGCACUCUACCCCCCUGCACCAAUGCCCCCCUCAGAUCCCAAGGGCAACCCACCCUUCACCGAACUCUCGCCCACCAACGAAAACAGCGAACCGAUCAAAACAGAAUCCGUCAGAAGACCUUUUACCGAAGAGCCCGAUGACACACCAAUUCCCCCUUCUUCGGAAUACGACUCGCGCUCAAACAAGCGUCUUCCAGAAUCCGUGCCCGAUGAAACGAGCACCAAACACUUCAAAACCAACGAAGUGUCCAACCAAUAGUCUGCACAACUACGCACAGCUUUCCGUUUCUAUCACCCAUCAAAUCAUUUACAAUACACAAAAUUCGUUACAAAAAAAAUAUUUCGCGUAUGUCUCAGUUCUCUUCUCCCCUCAACCCGUCAACUACCCUGUCUUAAUAAAUUUACUUUUUGCACCUCCCUGCACCCAUGUUCAGCAGAAUCUUUCCGUCGCUGCAAGUUCUCUUGCUUUCGCAAACCGCAACAAUUUGAAACCGCCACGCUCGGCGCCAGCACCCUGAUGCGCGCCGCAUUCAGCACCUCUCACACACAGGGCGACUAGACAUCCCAUUUUUAGUGCGCACCAAAAAAAGUUGCAGCCUUGAUAAUUCUGUCGA